GCAUGGGAAAAUAGAAGGGAAAACUACUAACCGCCAGGCCCUCACGGUGGGAGAGAACGAGAGGCGGAGGAAGAGAAGGAAUUGGGAUCGCAUCGGAUUUUUUUCUCUUUCCCCUUCUCGAAAUUGCUGAUGGCCCAAUUGCUCUCGCCGCUUUGUGCGGACUCGCUCGUCAAAUUCCAGAGCCCUUCGCCGUCGUUCCUCUGCUUCGGAAACCGGCGGCGGAGCUUAGCGCAGACUGCCCACCACCGCCGCCGCCGCCGCUGCUUCAGGAGGCGGAGAAGAGAUGUCAGGAUCACCGCCGUAGCAGGUGAUUCGUUCUCGGAAGAUGAUAUAGCGGAUGACUAUUACGCCGUUCUUGGACUGCUGCCAGAUGCCACUCCUCAGCAGAUAAAGAAAGCUUACUACAAUUGCAUGAAAGCAUGCCAUCCAGACUUGAGUGGAAAUGAUUCAGAGAUCACAAACUUUUGUAUGUUCAUCAAUGAAGUUUAUACGGUGCUUAGUGAUCCUGUGCAGCGUAUGGUAUAUGAUGAAAUUCAUGGGUAUGCAUUGACCGCUAUCAACCCUUUCUUGGAUGACACUGCCCCAAAGGAUCAUGCAUUUGUUGAUGAGUUUAGUUGCAUAGGAUGUAAAAAUUGUGCCAAUGUGGCCCCAGAUACAUUUUGGAUUGAAGAGGACUUUGGACGAGCGAGAGUCUGCAGCCAAUCUGGUGAUCCUGAGUUGGUUCAACAAGCAAUUGAUAGUUGCCCAGUUGAUUGCAUUCAUUGGACUUCUGCUGCCCAAAUUUCUCUCCUUGAAGAUGAAAUGCGCAGAAUGGAGAGAGUGAAUGUUGGGCUAAUGCUUGCAGGAAUGGGAGGUUCAUCCAUUGAUGUCUUUAGAAUGGCAAGUUCACGGUGGCAGAAGCGGCAAACAAAAAUCCUGGAAAAAGCUAAGUUGCGAAUGAUGAAACAAAAGGACUCUGAUAAAAGUGGGGCUUGGAGUGAUCUUUGGGGAAAGCCAAAAAGUUACCAAAAUAGAGAGGAGGAAGCAAAGGAGAGAGCUAAGACAGCUGCAGCAGCAUCCAGAAGGUGGAGAGAAUAUUCAAGGAGGGGCGCAGAUAGACCUCCCACCUUCAAACUUCCAGAGGCAAUUUCUAACAAGGAAUGAGAUCCUUUGCCAUUGGGUUUCUCCUAAAUCACUUGUUCCAUGCAUAUCUAAUUAUUUGUAUAGAGGUUUUUAUAAAUCAAUCUCUCUCGCUUUCUGCUUGCAUAAUAUUCUGAAUGUUGGAGAGGACUCCUUGCAGAUCAUUCUCCUCACUUUCACAUGUAGUAAGUGAAAAUUCCUCUC